CCGGCGUUUCCGGGACGGCGGCUCCAUGAGGUUGUUUACGCACGCGGUCUGCAACGCGGCCCGGGCCGCCUGGCGGGAGAGCUUCCCCCUGGGCGGCCGCGACCCGGCUCGCUGGUUCCCGGGCCAUAUGGCCAAGGGCCUGAAGAAGAUGCAGAGCAGCCUGAAGCUGGUGGACUGUAUCAUCGAGGUCCAUGAUGCCCGGAUCCCACUUUCUGGCCGCAAUCCUCUGUUUCAGGAAACCCUUGGCCUCAAACCACACUUGCUUGUCCUCAACAAAAUGGACUUGGCAGAUCUCAGGGAGCAGAAGAAAAUUCUACAGCACUUAGAAGGAGAAGGCUUGAAAAAUGUCAUCUUUACCAACUGUGUGAAGGACGAGAACAUCAGGCAGAUCAUCCCGACAGUCACGGAAUUGAUUGAGAGCAGCUACCGCUAUCACCGAGGAGAGAACCUGGAGUACUGCAUAAUGGUGAUCGGGAUCCCCAACGUGGGCAAGUCUUCCCUCAUCAACUCCAUCAGGAGGCUGCACCUCAGGAAAGGAAAGGCCAGCAGGGUGGGCGGCCAGCCUGGGGUCACAAGAGCUGUGAUGUCCAGAAUUCAGGUGUGUGAGCGGCCCCUGGUAUUCCUGCUGGAUACUCCUGGGGUGCUGGCCCCUCGGAUUGAGAGUGUGGAGAUGGGCCUGAAGCUGGCUCUCUGUGGAACAGUGUUGGACCACUUGGUGGGCGAGGAGACCAUGGCCGACUACCUCCUCUACACCCUCAACAGGCACCAGCUCUUUGGGUACGUGCAGCACUACGGUCUGGAUAGUGCCUGUGACGAUGUUGAGAGCGUGCUCAAGAGAGUGGCCCUGAAGCUGGGCAAGACCCAGAAGGUGAAGGUGCUCACGGGCACUGGGAACGUGAACAUCAUGCAGCCCAACUAUGCCGCGGCAGCCGGCCACUUCCUCCGGGCCUUCCGCAGUGGGCUGCUGGGCCCUGUCAUGCUGGACCGAGACGUCCUGGCCUGCUGCGUGGACCGCUGACAGUCAGCGUGGCCCUGUUGGUCUGGGCUCACGUGUCUGGCUCAGAAGUGAGGCGUGUGGUGGCUCUGGGCCUCUCGGCCAAUGGCUCUGCCGGGGGCUGGUCGCUGUGUCACAGAGGCGCCUGCUCAGUGAAGGGCAUGUGCUCUGCUCUGCCCGACUUUACCUUGCUCUUGGUCAUAGCGGCGGCCGGGGUGCCUGGACCUUGGGGACCCCAGGGGGGACAGUGGCCUCUCUGAGCCAUCUUGCGAGCCUGGCUGGGUGGGGCCUGGUCCUUGGGGACCUUGGGGACAGUGUGUCUGGCCAGGGUAGGGCCUGGACCUCAGGGACCUUGAGGGCUGGACCUUGGGGACCUUGGGGGAAGUGGUCUUGCUGAACUAUCCUGUGAGCCUAGCUGGGGUGAGGCUGGCCCUCAGGGACAGUGGCCUUGCCAAGUGUGGAGGCUCAUGCACAGUGUCUCUUAAAGGCUUUGUUGUCUGGAACAAAUUAAAGCUGAUUAGAAAGGCCAUUCUCUCUGCUGUCCCACACUCAGGACACCCCCAGGGCCAUGGGCCCACCUGCUAAAGCCCCUCACACACAUUGAGCUUUGGGACGUGAACAGGCUCAUCUCAGAUUCUUGAUCCAGAGUCUCAGGGCUCCACAGUUCAAGAGUCACGUCAGUAGCUGAGCGGUUUAUUUUCACACUAUUAAACGUGCACACAGACACAGACAGGUGGUUCCA